UUUUUUUUUUUUUUUUUUUUUUUUUUUUUUCCCUAACCGUCUGGUAGGGAUUUUAGUGGAAGCCGUGGUCUGUCGGGAUGAGUUUUCUGCUGCCCAAACUGACCUGUAAGAGGGAAGUGGAUCAGGCAAUAAAAAGCGUGGCCGAGAAGGUUUUGGUUCUCCGGUUUGGAAGAGAUAACGAUGCUGUUUGUCUGCAGCUUGAUGAUAUUCUUGCAAAGACAGCUCACGACCUAAGUAAAAUGGCGGUCAUUUACCUGGUGGAUGUGAACAAGGUUCCAGUGUACACCCAGUAUUUUGACAUCAGUUAUAUUCCGUCUACUGUGUUUUUCUUCAAUGGACAGCACAUGAAGGUUGAUUAUGGGUCUCCAGAUCAUACCAAAUUUGUAGGAAGCUUCAAAACAAAGCAAGACUUUAUAGAUCUGAUUGAAGUGAUUUACCGUGGAGCAAUGCGUGGAAAGCUCAUUGUGAGAAGCCCUAUUGAUCCCAAUAACAUUCCUAAAUACGACCUUCUCUACCAAGGCAUUUAAUGGGUUGACCCGAGAUAAAGAAUUAUGGAAAUGGCUGAUGUUCUAGAUCCUUUUUUUUGCUUCAAGCGUUUUUAGCCACCUCUGACACCGUGGGACAGUUUGAGCAUUUAUGUUGAAGGAUCAUAUUGGUCUCCUUCUGAAGACAGACAUUCUGUCACCUCCUUCUUCUCUUGUAAAUAAAGCUACAUGUUCAUGCGUAGAAUUCAUGCAAGUGCCUGUUCUUUGAGUUGCAUGCUGACCAGCACCCACAAAACAG